UUAUUUUUUUAUAUCUGAUUAUUAUACAAAAAUGCCAGUUAUUUGUAAUGUUAUAGAUUGUGGCAAACCUGCCACAUUAAAAAGACCAAAAACGGGAGAUGCUUUGUGUAAGGAAUGUUUUUUUUUUGCAUUUGAAACAGAAAUACAUGUUACAAUAGUAAAGGCAAAUUUGUUUAAACAUGGAUAUAAAGUUGCAAUUGGUGCUUCUGGUGGAAAAGAUUCUACCGUGCUCGCCUAUGUGUUGAAACUCUUGAACGAACGUUAUAAUUAUGGAUUGGAUUUAUUUUUAUUAUCUAUUGACGAAGGUAUUACUGGAUAUAGAGACGAUAGUCUUGAAACUGUGAAGCAAAAUAGAGAUGAUUAUCAGAUGCCUCUGAAAAUAUUAUCGUAUAAAGAUUUAUACGGUUGGACUAUGGAUGAAAUUGUUGCUCAAAUAGGGCAUAAAAAUAAUUGUACUUUCUGUGGUGUCUUUCGAAGACAGGCAUUAGAUAGAGGAGCUCAAAUGUUAAACGCUGAUAUGAUUGUCACUGGGCAUAAUGCCGAUGAUGUUGCAGAAACUGUCAUAAUGAAUGUCUUAAGAGGAGAUGUGGCAAGAUUGUCUAGAUGUACAAACAUCAUCACUGAGGGAGAAGGUACUAUCCCUCGUUGUAAACCAUUGAAAUAUGUGUACGAAAAGGAAAUUGUUAUGUAUGCUCAUUAUAAAGGAUUGGUCUACUUUUCAACAGAAUGUAUAUAUUCGCCAAAUGCAUAUAGAGGAUAUACUAGGGAAUAUAUCAAAGAAAUUGAAAGGAUUAGACCAUCUUGUAUACUUGAUAUCAUUCAUUCAGGUGAAAUAAUGGUACUAAAGAAGUCUGUUAAAAUUCCUAAACGAGGGACAUGCACUCGUUGCGGAUUUGUAGCGAGUCAAGAAAUAUGCAAAGCAUGUGUUUUACUUGAAGGUUUAAAUACAGGUAUGCCAAAACUAGGAAUUGGAAAAUCUAAUAAAGCUAGAAAAAUUAUGGGACUCAAAGUAAAUGAUGGAUCAGAAAAUAAAACUAAAGAAAAAGGACAUAAAACAGAAAGUAAGAGAAAAAUUAAAAGAGAAAAUAAAAAAAAAUCAACUUGCGAAGAAGGGUGUGCAUCAGAUUGUAAAUCAAAAAAUUAUGAAUCAACAUUGGCUGAUGAUAUUGAUGUUUCACGCUUAUCGUUAGAAGAAAAUAGUACUGAAGAACAAAAAGCUAGCACCGUUGAAGACUUCUUAUUUUCAAUAUUAAACGAAUCAUCUGAUGAAGAAAUUUCGGAUAUUCAAAUUAAGCCCAAGAAGGAAAAAAUAGAAUGUAAAUGUCCACCAAGAUUAAGAGUAAAUACUAAAUCUAAGCAACUAGAUGUAAUAAAUGAUACAGAUUCUAGUUCAGAUGAUGACAUAUUUGACUUUGAGGCUUUUGUAAAAUUAUUAGGAAUAAAUAAUUCAUCUGUUUUAGACAAAGAAACUGAAUCAGCAUUAAUAAAUGAUGCACUAAGUAAUACCUCCGAUAAGCAAUUAAUCUCCAAUACUGAACUUCAAAAUCCAAGUUCACGACCAUUCGAACAAUUGCAUAGUACUAAUGAGUCAUUGCCAUUAUCAUCAACUGUAUUAUCCGAUUAUUUAGAUGCCGACAGACCGCAGUUAUCGUCAUCGUUGAUGCAAGAAAGUCAGUGUUCCAAAUUAUUAUCAACAGAUAAUAUAAAUAAUGUACAGUCGUUAUUAAAAACAGAAACAUCCCAACACUCAUCAUCACAAUUAAUCAAUUGCUUAGAGAAUAUUGAGCAAUUGAAUUUAUCCAAUGAACUACCAAGUAUAGUAAAAGCAAAUCCAAAGAAACUAAAACCUUCUUUAACAUUACCUCAAAUGAUGUACAAAGCUAAAAAUAAUUUAGAUUUUUAAGAUUAAACUUUAUACAUACA